AUGGCGCACGAUGACGGCCUGCAGGAGCUCAGUAACUUUGUACAGCAAGCAUUGGGGCUUUCUGUGGCUGAAACUGCCACGGACGCUGAACCUGAUUUUCGGGGCCUCGGCUCCCGCGGAUAUUCUGUGAUCCACGGUCGACGCAGCUGUAUGGGCAGUCGUGAGCCUUACCACGCAACGACGAUGCGAAAUCUCACUCAAAAGGAGAGAGAUUUCCUUUUUGCGCUGCGUGCCCGGGACGACGUGGCGGAGGAGCACGUCCUCGAUGUGGGAAUAUCCCGCGCUGCAGGGCAAAAGUUGCUUCAUGCCUGUUCCCUCGUCGUCGAGGAUGCCAGCGUUGAUCCGGUCUGGCUGCAGCUGCCAGGGCGCAGCCAUCAAAUGCCGGCCAUGAGGUGGGUGAACUCUGCCGCGAGCAUCGUGUCAGAGAAGAUCCAGUACACCCCAACGGACAUGCCCUUCAUGGCCGGCUUGACGCUGGCAGAGUUUGAGCUCCUGGUUCCGCGAGGGCAUGUCCGCUACAAGCAGCCCUGCCUGCCUGCGACGACACUGCAUCGGCAUUGCCGAAACGAGAUAGAUCCGCCGCUGCCCGAGGUGUUGCGAAAAACGCCCCUCUACGUGGCGGCGGCCACCGUUGGGAUCACCUGCCGGGUUGGCGUCAUCGCGCACCCCGAAGGUUUCAGGAUAGUCCUCACGGACUGUGAUGAAGUGGCGCGGGAGCUACUGGUUCCUUUUCAAGCAGCUGCCGGCAGCUUCAGCGGCGAGCCGUGGCAACAUGGCCGCAGCAUCCGCACAAACUCGGACAGCCACGGCUCUGACAGCCUGAGGAGCGCCCUCCAGGAUGCCAUAAGCCAGUGGGUCCAGGACGCCGAUGCCUGGGGAGUUCCACACUGGGAGCUCCUGUGGGUGACGCCUGCUCCUGCCAACUACCUUCUUGCCUGCUUGGAGCCUGCCCUACGCUGGCCGCCUCAGCCCGACUGCGUAAUGGUCGCUGCUAAAGCGGAGAUUGUCCUGAGCCAAGCAGCUUUUUCCGCCGCCCUGCGGCAGGCACUGAAGGAUGCGAAGCGAGACAACAGCUUGCGGCCGUCGCGCGCUGCGACGGUUUUCACGGAGAUCUCUCAGGAAGACGACUCCCCGGGACCAAGACGGAGCCAGACGACAGCGGAGGACGCGCCACGGCUCUUGACCAUGGGGUCCGAGCUGGACUUGGAGCGUUCGCCUUCCACGGAUGAGCUCCAGGAGGAAGCUUCCACCGAAAGAGCUCCCAAGGUUCGCCAUGCCUCUUCCUUGGCGAACUGGGCUCCGACGUUGGAGGAAGUGGUGCCCGUCAUUGACACGCAUGACCCCUCGCGGCAGCAGCGCUACAUAGCCAAGCUCCAGGACAGCUUGGCGGAAGAGUUGGCCAUCGCCAUGGGUGUAGACCCCGAGGACGUCAUUGUGUCGAGCAUCGAGGAAGAUGAGAAUGGCAACUGGAAAGCCAUCUUCUCGGCCAAUGCUACGAAGACUGAAAUGGAUGCCGCCAUGGCCGGGAGAACAGAGAGAAUCUUUCCGGCGGACGGGCCAGAUGUGCGCAUGAAGAAGCUGCAGAGCACGAUCAAGCAUGGAGGCUUCGCCAAAGAUAGCAGGUUCACAAUGCUGCAACACGCUGACGCGGAUCUCCAUGUGCAUGAAAUUGAGCGCUUGCAGAUCACUGACACUGCUGCCUGGUGUCGUGGUCUUGGCGGCUUCACCGUGGAAGACACGCGGAAGUUGACCGGGAUCUUCCUGACCCCAGAGGCAAUCUAUAGGAAAGCCUACAAUGGCACCGGCUUGACAGAAGAUGACCUGAAGAGGCUCCGUGGAACCGGCUUCACAGACGCGGAUCUGCGAAGGCUCGGAUUGCUGGGCUAUGGGCUCUCAGAGGACGAAGCUGCGAGGUUGGAACUGGCAGGUUUCGGCCUGGAUGAGCUGCAAAGGCGCCUGCUGACUGGAGAUAUUUUCUCCAAAGAUGAGCAGAGUACGCUCAAGGCAGAAGGCUUUCCCUUGGAGAGGCUUCGGAGGUUCCUGGCUGGAACCGGUCGUUUCUCCAAGGCCGAGAAAGAGAGGCUGAACGACGUUGACCUCCCCGAGAUGGAGAUUCGGAGGCGCCUCAUCUUGGGCGAGGAGUUCGAAAACGAGGAGUUGGCAAGGUUGGAAGAGAUCGACCUCCCACUCCACGAACUUCGGCGGCGAGUUCUUGGAGGCGAAAUCUUCGACCGAGACGAGCGAUUGAGGUUGGAUGUCGUGGGAUUGCACGAGGAUGAGAUCCUGAAGCAACUGGCUGAUCGGGAAGAGUUCUGCGAAGAGGAUCGCUUCAGGUUAGAGAGCGCUGGCUUCGACGUGGAAGAUCUCCACAGGCGUGUCCACGGUGAAAGUACCUUUGCCCCGACCGAACUUCAAAGGCUGCAGGCAUUCGGCUUCACAGAGGAGGAGAUCAUCAGGCGACUCUGCGAAGGCAUGGGCUUUGACGACGACGAGUUGCGAAGGCUGGAGCUGGCUGGCUUCUCUCUGGCGAAGCUGACGCGGCGGGUCUUCGGCACCAGUAAUCCCACAAAGGAGGAGGAGCAGCAGUCGAGGGCCAUCCGAAGUGCUUCUGGUGUUUUCGAAGAGGGUCAACGCAGGCUCGGCGAAUCUCAGAUCAAGAAGGCUUUGCGAAGGCUCUCCUCCGAUGCUCAUCUCCUCAGUGAGGACGAUCACACGAGGCUCGCAGAUAUCGGGCUGCCUGUGCAAGAGAUCCGGAGGCGGCUCUCCACUGGCGAGGGCUUCUCAGAGAUGGAACUACUGACGUUGAACUCAGCUGCCCUCUCCCAAUCUCUCAACAGGCUGGCACCCAGCAUCGGCGAGAUGGAUGAGCAAGAUCGCGAAAGGCUGGAGACUUGUGGCAUCCCAGUGGAGGAGAUCAAGAGGCGAACACUGUGUGGAGAGGACUUCACCUUGGAGGAGAUUGACAGGAUUCACGCGCACGGCUUCUCCAUCGACGCGCUCCAGAGGUCAGUCAUGGCAGAAGAGCACGACGAUUCCGACGACGAAGAUCUGGGAGAAGUGCUCUUCACGAAAGCAAAGGCUGUCGCGAAAACGGUUCAGAUCUCGAUGCCGUUUGCUGAUGAGCUGGCGAGGCUGCUCCAGGAACGCUACGUCAGUCAUGAAAAGUCGCAAACAAACGCAAUGCAGACCCAAGUUCUCGACGAGCUCCGUACCGCUGCAAGCAGUGCGGCUGACGACCCUUCCGAGAUCACACUGGCAGAGCUGGCCAAAGCUAUAGCAAGGGCCAUCCACGCGGAGGUGGAAGAGGAGCAUAUCACUGAGGCCACGGAGCUCCUCCAAAUGCUCCGUGCGCAGUUCCUGCAGCAACUGCUGGAGGCCGCGAUGCAUUUGGAGGAUAUCGCAGAGCUCGGGGCUAUGCUCACAGCCGUGGAAGGCAAAGUGCGGGAGCUUGACCUCUUUAGGACACGUGGUGGCGAUGAGGAAGAAGAAGCUGAAGGAUUACUGCUAGGCUUCUACCCGCGGGACCUGGACCCACGACGGGCUUUGAGAGGCUUGAUUACCCGGGCACGGACCAAGCAGGAGAAGGCGAACGCAGAGGCACGGCUGGAAGAGAUCAUGGGCCAAAUCCACGAGCUCCCGCUGGACAGCAUCACCCAAGUGCAGCGCAGCCUCUCAUCCCUUCAAGAUGCCUUGCGGUUUGGGGAGGAAGCUGGUGCGUCGGCAAUUCUCAUGUUCGCAGCAGAGGAGCUCAUGCGCGAUCUUCAACUUCGAAGGGCCCGUUACGACGACUUCAAUACUGAGAGGAGUGCCGCAUGGACACACCUGCAGCAGUCGUUGCAAGGGCUGCAGGCCACCCUCGCGGCGACUCUCUCCCAGAAGAAGUCGCUCCAAAACACGCUGCUCACACAAGACUGGCGGUCAACGAGGAUCCCCAGCCAAUUCCGGGAGCAGCAGCUUGCUGUGGCGGCAUGUCCUGUGAGCAAAAGCCUGCAGACAAGCCUCACGAAUUUCCUAGAGAUCAACUUUGCAUCGACCGACGACCUCAGGGUAAGCACUGAGAACCUGAUCGAGCUGCUGCCGGCCAUUGCCGGACUUGUUGUCUUCUUCCAGCUCGACCCACCGACGGAUGUGUUUCAGCUCCAUGACCGCAGAGAGGACAUCCUUUGCUUCUGGCCUCAGCUGAUGGCCGUGGUUGACAAUGCGUCACCUCCCAUAGAUCCUUUGGAGCACAAGGCUUGGGCAAUGAUGCUGGAUAUCCCGGUGCGUGGCAAGCUUGAGGGCGACAAUCCGGCUGGCAGCGUCAAGGACCGGGCUGCGCUAUCCAUGAUCAGGCGCGCGGAGGCCGCGGGCCGGAUUAAACCCGGGGACACGCUGAUCGAGGCCACAUCUGGCAACACUGGCAUUGCCCUAGCAGCCAUCAGUGCGAUCAAAGGCUACAAGCUCAAGCUGAUCAUGCCAGAGAACAUGAGCCUGGAGAGGCGCACGAGCAUGGCUGUUUAUGGCGCGGAGCUGAUCCUGGUAUCCACCGGUGCCAUGGAGGAAGCCAGAGACUUAGCCCAGGCCAUGCAGGCCCGCGGGGAGGGCAUCGUGCUGGACCAAUUCGGCAACCCAGACAAUCCUCAGGCACACUACGAGACAACUGGGCCCGAGGUCAUGAGGCAAACCGGUGGCCAGGUCACCCAUUUUGUGAGCUCCAUGGGUACCACCGGCACGGCCAUGGGCACCUCGCGCUACUUCAAGGAGUUCAAACCCGAGGUUCAGAUCGUGGGACUCCAGCCGGCCGCAGGCGCGCAAAUUCCCGGCAUCCGACGGUGGCCGAAGGAAUACUUGCCGGGCAUUUUCGACGAAGCUCGCCUCGACCGCGUCAUAGACAUUACCCAGGAAGAGGCGGAUGAGACGGCGCGGCAGCUUGCCAUCCAGGAGGGUCUCUUCGCCGGGGUCAGCAGCGGCGGUGCGGUCUCGGCAGCCUUGAAGAUCGCGCGUGAGGAGCCGGGCAGAGUAGUGGUGUGCAUCAUCUGCGACCGUGGUGAUCGCUACCUCAGCACCGGGGUCUUCGCUCCGCCACCCCCUUUGCAUCACAGCUGCAUUUCGGGCAACCUCGACCUGACUUUGCAGAGCUACAGGAAGACCCUCUCAGAUCAGCACGCUCCGAUCUUCAUGCUCUUUACAGCCCCAUGGUGCCCCGAUUGCAUGACGGCUCUACCUGUCAUCGAUGGCCUUUUCGCCACGCACGUACGGGGCGGCUCACUUCUUCGGUGCAUCGUGAGCAAGACCCGGGAGGAAUGGAAGGCAGAAGAGCAAGCGCUUUUAGGUUGGUUGGUUUUCCGGAGCGGCUGUCGACAUAAAAACGAGCUCCUGUCAACCGACUGGGCCAACGUGACCUUCUGCGACAGCCAGUACGGAAGGGUCUUCGUUUUUUACUGCUCCUUUGAGGAUCUCGUACGUGACCUGGACAAGCUCGUGGUCAUGUGGACUGCGAUCGAGAUUGAGGCAAUGCCAAAAGGGCUAUACCAGGCAAUCAUGUCAGGCAUUACCGAUCUGGUGGCGGCUUGCCUGGCAGUCUGUGGAGACAAGGAGAGUGUCAUCGCCAGAGUCCGGGAUGACAGAGGAGGCAAUGCCGUCCACUUGGCUGCAAUCCACGGGCACUGGCAAGUCAUCCAGGUCUUGGUAGACAAUGGGGCCGAUCUUCACGCCGUGAACGACCACCAGCAGUCGGCCCUUGACUUGGCCAUCGAGAUGUACAAGAAGCUCAGUGACCACGAUCAUCAGGUGGAGUUGAGCCGGCGGCUUCAAGAAACCAUCGACUACCUGGCCAACCAGCACAAUGUCAUCAGCUACGAAUACGUGCAGUACGAGAAGAAGAAGACGUGGUUUAAGCGGCCUGACACCAUGCUCAAAUGGCUGCGCUUGAAGAACCUGCUGGAGUACCAUUUCGACAACCUCAAGCAAGCCUUCCUGGAGAUUGACACCAACCACUCUGGUGGCAUCGUGCACCGGACGGAAUUCCUCUCAUUCCAAGCAGGUGAAGUACGAAUGGGAGGCCAUGUUUGGUGCAGAGGGCCAAGUCAAAGAGGCCCUUGCGGCAGCCGGCUUGGAGUCGAACGACGUCUUCGCCAUGCUCGACGGGCUGGACGUGGAGGGCAAGAUGGUCAUCACAAAGUCAGCCUUCGACUUGCUCGAAAUGUUGGAUUGGCACUUGACCUCGCGCAUUUGGCAAGAUCUCAUUCUGAAGCCUCUGAUG